AUGGCGAGACCAUCAGCGCAAAAUAAUCUUUUGCUAUGGGAGCUUGCCACGGCUUUCAUGCUUGUCACCUGUGCUGGGAUUUUACAUAUUUUUCACUUCUUCAAUAAUGCUUGGCUGCUACAGACUAACGGCACCUCAACGUACAUGCGAGGUCUAGGUGAUGAUUGUUUAAAAGUCGAGGAUGAGUCAGAUGCAAUUUAUUGCUCGAAUUGGGAUGAAGAAACAAGCGUCUUUGUGAAACACGGAAAAGAUAUAUCACCUGAUGAAGUAACUUCUCCCACUACAGGCUUGAUGCUCGCUCGAGUCAUGCUGAUCUUAACAACGUUGCUGUACCUUAUCGUCAUAUUUUUACUCUUCAUUGCAUGUAUUAAGAAAGAUAUGUUCAUCAAGAAACUACUAUGCGGUUUCACUGUGCUGUUGGGAAAAGGAAGGUGCUCUCUUGGGACUGCAUUCUACUACUACUUGGUAUCCAUUGUAUUGUUAUUAGUUGGCAGUUUAGCCCACUUCCAUACGUGGAUGGAGGUCUAUUUUUUUUGCAAGAGUGACCAGUACACAGCCGGUACUCAUGAUUCUUCAGCGAACUCCCAGGAGCUGCGUCUUUUUCAGGAUGAACGACGUCCGACUUUUCUAACUGUUUAGGG